AUGAUCCUUCGCGCUCCGUUGAGGGAAAGAGGCACCGCCAAAAGACUCGCGACUGCUGCACAAGUGGAGCACCGGCCUGCUCGACCACCUGACACGAUCGAGUCAAUCACCAUUUCAUCGCACUUAGGGUUUGGGAGUGCAAUGCUAUCACCUCAAUCUGAAUGCGUCGUCUGGCUUUGUGAAGAACUCGGAAUUGACUACAAGCUGGUAUGCCACGACCGCGACCAGCAGACCCUCCUAGCUCCCGAUUUAUACAAGGAACUCAGUCCGUUGCGAACGGCGCCCGUGAUUGAGGAUGUUGAUACCUACACACCAAACCACGACCACAUUCGCCUAGCAGAGUCUCAGGCAUGUAUCGAAUGGAUUUGCAGAAAACACGGUNGGCACUUCACGCACGGCUCGUUCCAACCUACAUGUCAAAUGCUGUUGCUCGCUACAUCACUUCCAGAGGACCAUCCUGGCCUCAAGGUGGCCAACUCAAGGAUCAGUCACUAUCUUGACUUGAUCGAGCAACGCCUAAGCAAGUCGAGAUUCCUCGUUGGCGACGAGCUUACCGCCGCCGAUAUUCAGAUGGUCUUCCCACUUACCACUCAGAGGGCCUUCGUACCUAUCGACCUUAGCGCCUACCCCAGCAUUCUAAGGUACUUGAAAGAGAUUGGAGAAAGACCUGCAUAUCAAAAGACCUUUGAGAAGGCCGAGACAACACUGAAACCGAUGCUCGAUGCCAACCCCGAAUCACCCUAUAAGUUCUAA